UGAUAAUGUUGCUCUAACUCCGAUAUUUCCAAAGGAGAGAGUGAAGAAACGAGGCAAAACCUAGAAAGAGUCAGUAAAAAGACGAUAACUCUCCUCAGUCCUCACCUUGGAUUAGAUUUUGUUGUUUCAGACGCAAGCUACACCAGAUAACAAAUGGAUUACGAUCGGAAGAGACCCUACUCUGUUCUAACGAGAGAUGAAGUUAGCGAAAAGAUGAAGAAACAGAUCGAUGACAUCUCCGACAUCUUCUUGAUAUCAAAUUCCGAUGCGACCGUACUCCUCAUGUUUCUCCGAUGGGACUCGCUUCGUGUUUCAGAGCGUUUGGGUGAAAACAAGGAGAAAUCAUUGAUGGAUUCUGGUCUGAAACCAGCUGUAUUUGAUACCAUUCUAGAUUCAUCUAGCGAGAUUAGCUUUGAGGCAGAUGUGUAUGAGUUUGAUGAUGAUGAUGAUGAUGAUGAUGAUGAUGAGGAUAAUCCCGAUGAUGAUGAUGAUGGUUUGAUCUCCACACCUUUCUGCUCUCACAAGUUCGGCACAACAUACUGGACAGAGUAUCUUGAGAAGAACUAUUACUCAGUGGAGAAAAUCCAAACUGCAAUCUCUUGUCCUGAGCAAGAUUGUCAAGCUGCGAUUGGACCGGACACGAUCGAGAAACUAACUGUACGUGAUCAAGAGAUGUACGAGAGGUACAUUCUGAGAUCUUACAUUGAGGGAAACAAUGUCUUGAUGAUCAAACAGUGUCCUGCACAGGAUUGCAAUUACCUCAUUGAGUUUCAUCAGGAGAAUCAUGAUGAUGAUGAUGAUGAGUAUAGUCUAAACGUGGUGUGUCUCUGUGGUCAUAUCUUCUGUUGGAGAUGCAGACUUGAGUCACACAGACCAGUGACCUGCAACAACGCCUCUGAUUGGUUGUCUAUGGACACAACGAAAUUCUCAGAUGAAUCAUUUAGCCUUUCCCCCACCUAUGCCAAGACAGUGACUUGUCCUCAUUGCCUUUGUCCUGUGGAGUCUGAUACAAAAAUGCCCCACUACCUGACUUGUGUUUGCAGGCUUCGUUUCUGUUCAAGAUGUUUGCGGUCAGAGGAAGCCCACAAGAGUGAAUCAAAACUCUCCGGAUUAUGUGUUAAAAAAAAGGUGGGGAUUUCAUGUGAGGAUCGCUGGAUGGUGUGUAAGAAUUUACUGGAGCAAGCCAAAUCCGAUCUAGAAGCUUUUGAGGAAUCCAACAUCAAGAAACCAAGUGACUUGAAGGAGCAAGACAUUAUGAUAAUAAGAGAGGGACUAAUGCUGAUUGUUCAGUGCAGAAGAGUACUUAAAUGGUGUUGUGUGUAUGACUAUUUCCACACAGAGUAUGAGAACUCGAAGAAGGAGUAUCUACGGUAUCUGCAAGGAAAUGCGACCACAGCUCUCCAGAGUUACUCAAACACUUUACAAGAGCAAAAAGAUAUCAUCCUCGGUGUAGCUACUUAUGAAGAGUGUAGUUUCUUCAGGCAUACGAUACCAACGGCCACAAGCAACAUCGGUAACUACUUUUUCCAUUUCAUCAAAACUUUGCAAGAUGGUUUGGUCGAUGUGAAGGUGAUGUCAUACAACGGCGGGGCUGGUCCUUUCUGGUAUUGUGAUCGCUGCACGUAUGGUAACACUUGGCAUGAUAAGGAGUGUGAGAUGUGCAGUGAUGAUACUUCCUCUCUUGUGGAAGAGUUAAGUGAUUUUUCUCUUAAUAAUGUUUGUUAAAGAUAAAACAAAAGAUUUAGUAGACAUGAAGCAUUCAGCUUGAGUAAUUUACAGUUGUUUUGCUCUGUUAUAACCGAAACUAGUUUUCAUCAUGUUCUUGAA